CCAGGGCGAAGCCGGGGAUCGCGGGUCGUGGCCAGGGCGCUCCGUGGGCCCACCCGGCCCGGGUUAGGAAAUCGCUGCCUGGCACGGCCGCUCCUUCUGGGCCAGGGGCCCACGUGGACCCGGCGCCAUCUGUCCCGCGGCGAGUGGCCUUGUAGACGCGGCGCGCCGCCAAGGGGAGCAGAGGACCGGGUCCUGUCGCCGCCCCGAGGGUCAGCGCGAGGCCUGAGGACGCCCCCCUCGUGGGGACUCGGGCAGGGUCCGAGCGCCCCGUGAUUCCAGGGGUCCUUCUACCGUUCAUGGCCUGCCCGGGUCUGUGGGGCUCCCCAUCCUGAGCCGGGGCGGGUCCCUGAAGAGCGGCGUUCGGAAGUUUGCAGAGGGCCAGGGCAGUUUCGGCCAGGCUGGGGGGCCGGGGGCGCGACUCCUCCGGGGAAGCAAAAGCCCACCCCGCAGCCUGAAGCCUCUGAAGGUCCACUCUGGCUCUUCCGGGCCCAGGGCGGCAGCAGCCAGGACUGCCGUCCACAAGUGCGUUAGGUACCUUGUCACUGAAGACAGUGCUGGCCGGUGGAGCUGGGAUCUGCUAAGGGUUUCGUGCUUCAUCUCAGCCGCACAAUUCUAGCACUUACAGAUAGAGAAAAUAGGAAUUCCUGAGUGUGUCACCUGACCAAGGUGAGCCCUCGGGAGCAAGAGGGAGGUAGGUGCUCAGAACCCAGAUGCUGGUGGGCGAGGGAGGGGUGGGGGUCAGGGAAGGCCCUGUGAGAAGCCAGCCAGCCCGCCCAGGACCCUGUGCAGGUGGGCUCAGAGCAGAGAAGACCACCUGCAGGCCCCCAGGAUUCUGUCUACAGAGGAGCUCCCACAGGGCUCCCACCUCCACCACAGCAAGCCCGAAUCACCCCAAAAGGGAAGGCCUGGUGGGUGAGAGAGGGGCGUCCCCAGGGGCACACAACCGGCCAGCCAGCUUCCUACCUGGUAAGCUUCGUGGGAAAUCCUAAGAACAGGUACAACCUCACUUAGAGCAACUCCCAAACGAGUUUGGCGAUAAGGAGAGCUCUCCGUGAAACACAGGUUGCUCUCGUCCUCUCCAGCCUCUGAGUAUCCACCAGAGAAGGCCGAGAACACAGCACCAGAAAUGUACAAAGAAAUAAAACACAGGCGGAGAAGGAAGUCCUGGAGGGGCUGGGAGAAGAAAAGUGGGUGCUCCUCCUUAGCCAGAUCCUCCCCCGAGCUCUGGAGCCUCCAGAAUGUUCUGUCCUCUUUAUGGUGGCGGUUGGAGUAGGGAUAUAGUCUUCCCUCCCCACUCACUGGAGCAUCUGAGGCCACUGCAUCUGGCCUUGUUUGUCCUGGAGUACAUGGGCAAAUUGCUGCCAGCCCAUAGCCGGCUGCUGCUCUGGAUUCAUCAGCUGUGCCAGGCGGAGCACGGACGGCAGCAAGCCCCUCCAGAGUCCUGCUAAGUGGACACAAUCCUGCAUUCUUGAUCCAAGAUUUUGCCCCACAGAAGGGGCCUGGAAUCCUUUUGAACACCACCUGUCUGGAAUAGAGGGGCACCCACUGGUCCAGAACCAUCAGUCAAGCAGAAGGAGAGAGCUCAUCUCAGCUGCUGCACAUUACCUGGCUUCCUGUGUUCCCAAACAAAAGAAGCCGACCAAACUGUGCACUCUGAAAAAUGAUACCCAGAACUAUCACAUCCUAGUUCCCGGAACCUGUGAAUGUUACCUUAUGGGAAAAGAAAAAAAAUUGCAGAUGUGAUUAAGUUAAGGAUCUUGCGAUGCAGAGAUUAUCCUGCAUUAUCCAGGUGGGCCCUAAAUGCCAUCACGUGUAUCUUUAUAAGAGAGAGGCAGAAGGAGACUUGAGACACACAGAGGCCAUGUGAUGAUGGAGCAGAGAGAGAUUUGAAGAUGUGGCCUUGAAGGUUGGAGUAAUGCAGCCAAGGAAUGCUGGCAGCCACGAGCAGCUGGAAGAGGCAGGGAGCGAAUCCUCCCAGGAGCCUCUGGAAGGAGCAGAGCCCUGCCAACACCUAGAUGUUGGCCCAGUUAAACUGAUUUCAGACUUCCGGCUUCCAGAACUGUGAGAGAAUAAAUUUCUGCAGUUUUAUGCCACCCAGCUUGUGGCAAUUUGUCACAGCAAACCACUGGAAACUAAUAUAGAAUCCGUAAAGUGAAGGAGAAACACUUUCUCAGAAAAAAAUGACACCAAGGAAUUUAUUGCCAGCAGACCAACCCUCGUGCUGCUUGUGGGAUCUGAAUUCCCCCAACUGGGGACUGAACCUGGGCCUUCGGCAGUGAGAGCUUGGAGUCCUAACCACUGGACCGUCAGGGGAGUCCCAGAGCAUAAAUAUUCUUAAUCUUAAAGUUGACGGCAGACAUGGCAGGGAUCCAGAGAGAUGGCCGAGCCUCCUGGAUGGAUGAUCACAGGUCCCAGGACCGUGGUGCGAACCUGGGCUGUGUGGUGACUGCAGCCAGAUUCCAUCCCCACCCCUGCCUCCAGGAUCCCCCAUUAGACAGGCGACAACCUUGCAAAAACACGACGGGACACAGGGGAAGGGCGAGUGCCAGGGGCUGGCGAGGCUGGCGAGCCGGUGUCUCCUGGGUGCAGAGCUUGGGUCUGGGAAGGUUAGGAAGUUGGGGAGUGGUGGUGGUUUGCACAACUGUGUGAACGUACCUAACGCCACCGCACUGCGCCCUGAAAAACGGCGAGAAUGGCAACUUGUAGGUUGUGUGUUCUUUGCCACAGUGAUAAUGAAAAGGUCGUGCUCACUCUGGGCUCUGACGCAAUGAAAACGAAGCCAACAGUAUAGCUGGGAUCGGCUGGUCCGGCGAGGUCCCGCCCCGCCCGCGACGGCCACCUGCGCCCCGCUCCGGCCUCACCUCCGCGCCCAGCUGCUCGGCCUGGUUCGGGCGCACAGCCCGGGUCGCGCGGGUGGAUCCACGGCCAUCGCCGCGGGAGCCGCGGGCGGCGGAGCGGAGCCGACAGAGCCACCGGCCCCGGGACCAGCCGACCCACCUGGACACCCCGCACCCCGGACCCGCGGGGACACCCCCAUGGCCGCGCGGGGCCCCGAAGCCCCCAGCGGGCGCGCGCUGCGGGACGCGGCAGAAAAUCUAUUUCAGGAACUUCAAGAACAUUUUCAAGCUCUGACUGCAGCAUUAAACCUCAGAAUGGAAGAAAUGGGAGGUCGCAUUGAAGACUUGCAGAAGAAUGUGAACGACUUGAUGGUGCAAGCUGGGAUUGAAAGUUCUGCUCAAGAGCAAAUGGCGAGGCCUUAUUAAGGCACUAAGAUGUUCACCGUUUACAUAUCUUAUGUUUUCAUCUUGAAAUAUUUAAUCCCAUAUUUGUUCACUAAGGGAGCUACUGCUUCUGCACUACAUGAAAAACCUUCAGGAAUAAUUUUUAAAAAUUCACAAAUGCUCUUUUCUAAAUAGAACAGAAACACUCUUUGUCAUUGUUCCUUAAAAAGUGCACAUUUUAAAGGAAAAACUAUUAUUUAAAAACUGGAUUUUGUUAAAGUACUUUUCACCCCCAUCCCUCAAAUUAGUUUUCAAUCAAAACACAAGUCACGAUGAAUGAGUGCUUGGGGAUGACAACUAGUGGCUUCUGUUUGAGACGUUCAUGGAAGGAUUUAAAGAAGACACAUGUGCAUUAGGUUCUCACCCCAUUUCAUGAGUGGUUCCUGAGGAUCCCCGCCCCCCAGAAUGCAAAUAUUUCUUUUCCAGUGGAAUUUUGCAUUUCAUCUUUUUUUUUUUACUAUUUUAUUUUUA